AGCUCCAGCAGGAGGAGGCCAGGGCUGGUGUUCUCAACUGUGACUGCAGCUUGUGGAAAAUCCUGAAGAUGGCCAAAGAUGACUCCACUGUUCGUUGCUUCCAGGGCCUGCUGAUUUUUGGAAAUGUGAUUAUUGGUAUGUGCGGCAUCGCCCUGACUGCAGAGUGCAUCUUCUUUGUAUCCGACCAGAACAGCCUCUACCCACUGCUUGAAGCCACCAACAACGAUGACAUCUACGGGGCAGCCUGGAUUGGCAUGUUUGUCGGCAUCUGCCUCUUCUGUCUGUCUAUUCUAGGCAUUGUAGGCAUCAUGAAGUCCAGCAGGAAAAUCCUUCUGGUGUUUACACCCAACCUCUUCCUGAAGCAGAUGCUAGAGAGGUACCAAAACAACAGCCCUCCGAACAAUGACGAUCAAUGGAAAAACAAUGGAGUCACCAAAACUUGGGACAGGCUCAUGCUCCAGGACAAUUGCUGUGGUGUAAAUGGUCCAUCAGAUUGGCAGAAAUAUACAUCUGCCUUCCGGACUGAGAAUAAUGAUGCUGACUACCCCUGGCCUCGUCAGUGCUGUGUUAUGAACAAUCUUAAAGAACCUCUCAACCUAGAGGCUUGCAAACUAGGAGUGCCUGGCUAUUAUCACAGUCAGGGCUGCUAUGAACUGAUCUCUGGACCGAUGAACCGACAUGCCUGGGGGGUUGCCUGGUUUGGGUUUGCCAUUCUCUGCUGGACUUUUUGGGUUCUCCUGGGUACCAUGUUCUUCUGGAGCAGAAUUGAAUACUGAGUGUCACCACCAU